GAUGAAAAGUUUCCAGAUAUUAUGAAUCAUGUUGAAAACUGCUUAAAUUAAUUUAAAGUUCUUCUGUAACUAUAGCACCAUGGAGACAAACAGGGUGGAUUGAAAUUACAGAUAUCAUGAAAUGUGCUGAUGUUUUAUAUCACAUUAGGCCCGGUUAUUGUGGGAGAACGACACGUGUAAAUUUAGCUGUGAACGCUUAAGAUCCAGACGGUACUAAAUGGAGAGUGUAGUCUCUUCGUGGUGUUGAUGGUCGCAGCGUGAACCAACAACUGGCCACCAGAACAUUUUAUAUCUACGGGCCAAGCAACAGCAGCAACAGUUUAAAAACAAUUUCCUCAAUACGUCUAUCAGUUGCUCUUAAUGCUAAGUUAUCUCAAGAAAUAGGUUUUGAAAGGAUAUCGCCCCACUGCAGCUCAAAUUUGGAAAUUGAGCAAGAAAAUGGAUAACCAAAAAGUGAGGGACUAUGAAACCAUGACAUCUUUCCUUGGAUCCUGGGGUCCUUUUCAAAGAAGGAUUUUUUUAGCCCUUGCCAUCAGCAUUAUUCCAAAUGGAUUUGUUGGUGUGUACAUCGUCUUUGUUGGUGACACCCCUCCUCAUGAAUGCAACAUCCCUGAGAACGUGACCAUCAGUGAGAUGUGGAGAAAUGUAACAAUUCCGCUGGAAAAGGUUGAUGGUGUCGUAAAGCGCAGCUCUUGCUGGAGGCUUAACCUGGAAGCAGUAAGGAACUACUCUCAAAGGAACUUCAUCCCAAAUGUUGAUGUAAACGUAAGUGAAAUUCCCUGGGAGACGUGUCUGGAUGGAUGGACUUACAGCAAAACAAUCUAUCAGUCAACUAUUGUUACAGAGUGGGACUUGGUAUGUGAGAAUCGAUACAAAAAUCCACUGACUACAGCUAUUCAUUACAUUGGAGUGUUGUUAGGAGUACUGUUCUCAGGCCAUCUGUCUGACAGGUAUGUAUAUAUUGAACAUGUUGAUAUUUAUUCUACCAAUCACUUCAAUUCUUUGGUAGGAAAACAAGAACUUUGCUUAUUCAACAGAUUUGGAAGGAAGCUCCUCCUUUUUAUCAUGAUGGCUGUUCAAACUGUGGGGCUCACAGCACAGAUCUUCUCUCCAAGCUGGGAGGCCUUUCUUCUAAUCUACUUUAUUGUUGGUGCGGGAGAAUGCUCCAACUAUGUCAUUGCAUAUGUUUUGGGAGCCGAACUUCUAAGCUCUAAAACCAGAGUGGUUUUCAGCUCUCUUGGAGUAUUUAUGAGCUCAGCAUUGGGAUACAUGGCAAUGCCUGCUGCAGCCUUCUUUCUCCGUGAUUGGCGGAUGCUACUGAUUCCCAUGGCUGUCUCUGGCCUGAUCUACAUUCCGUUGUGGUGGUACAUCCCAGAGUCUCCUCGCUGGCUGCUGUCUCAAGGAAGAGUGUCUGAAGCUGAAGCUAUUCUUAAAGAUGCAGCAAAGCAGAAUAAAGUAGAGGCACCAGAAGCCAUAUUUACACAGUCAGAGGUGGGUAAAGUUUUGACAGUGCAAAACAAGAAGGUUGACAUUUUGGUUCUGCUGAAAAGCUGCAAUAUCUUCACUACAACAUUGAUUUGUUCAAGUCUGUGGAUGGUCAUCUCCAUGAACUACUAUUCUUUAACUCUCAACACUUCAAAUCUACAUGGUGACCCUUACCUGAACUGCUUCCUGUCUGCUGCCACAGAGAUUCCAGCAUACCUCAGUGCCUUGUUGCUGCUCCAUUACUGCUCCAGACGCCUCUGUCAGUUUUCAACUCUCUUACUUGGAGGCGUAAUGAUCAUUUGUGUUAACCUUAUUCCAAAAGAUUUACCCAGUGUGGCUGUUCUACUUGAGAUGAUAGGAAAAUUCGGAAUCACAUCAGCCUUCUGUGUUGUGUAUGCCUUUACGGCAGAGCUCUUCCCAACUGUAAUCAGGAAUACAGCCAUGGGAUGUUGCUCCACAGCUGCACGGAUCGGCACCAUCAUCUCCCCCUUUAUCAUUUAUUUGGGGAUAUACCACAAGGCCCUUCCAUACAUUGUGAUGGGCAUUAUUGCCAUUUCUUGUUCUGCGUUCUGCUUCAUGCUGCCUGAAACCCACAGGAAAGCUUUCCCAGAGACCUUAGCAGACAUGCAGCAGGUAUAUGGGAAUUGUGGAAAAAAGGAAGAGGAGGCAGAAAACGAAGAUAACACACAUCUUUAGUGUAUAAAUCUCUUGGUUGUUAUUGUUGGAUGGAUUAUAUGCAUUUGUUGGACUCGUCUUAAAUACUAGCUGAAAAUAACUGGUUAAAACUUAUAUUAGUUUUUAUCAUAAAUUUUUUAGGGGAAUUAACAUUACAAUAUUAUUAAUAGUAAUAUUAGAACCAGCAGUGUUGUUAUUAUCAUGAGAUGAUAUUAUUGUCAUCACUAUUUUUUUACAACUUUCUCAGGAUUUUAUGAAUAGACCAACAGCAAGUAGUUCUUAAUUGGAAAGGGAACUGAAAACCUGAAAUCUGUGUAUAUCAUUAGCAUCCAUACCCUUUACUUUGAGAACCCCUAAUUAAAAUACAAUGCAACCA